AUGUCCUCGUUCGCGGCAUCCAAGAUUCUAAUCUUCGGUGGUACGGGCACCAUUGGGCGGUACAUCACAUCAGCAGUCCUCCGUGCCAAGCCCGCCUUCCAGCAGGUGGUGCUCUUCACGUCUCCCAACAGCGCUCAAGCGAAAGCUCAGCAGCUGGAGAAAUGGAGAUCCGAAGGCCUCUCCGUCGUUGUCGGCGACCUGACAUCGGAGGCCGAUGUCAAAGCAGCUUACAAUGGUGUCGACACAGUCAUCUCGGCGGUGGGACGGGGAGGGCUUCAGCAUCAAAUCAAGCUGCUGGAGUUGGCCGAGGCCUCGGACAGCGUCCGUUGGUUCCUGCCGUCUGAGUUUGGUACCGAUAUCGAGCACAACGACAAGAGCCCGGACGAGCCCCCACACCAGCUGAAGCUGCAGGUGCGCAAGUAUAUACGGGAGAAUCUGCGGCGCGUCAAGGUCACUUACGUCGUGACGGGUCCAUACUUCGACAUGUGGGUGGACGCCGCUCCCGGUCUUGAGGUCGCCGGCGGCUUUGUCCCGGAGAAGAAGCAAGCGUAUGUGAUUGAGGGCGGCAACGGCAGGGUCGGGUUUUGCACAAUGCCAGAUGUGGGCAAAUUCGUUGUUGCUACCCUGAAAUCUCCGGAGUCGUCCUUCGGCAAGGCGCUUAAAGUGCAGAGCUUUGUAGUCACUCCGAAUGAGGUUUUGGCCGAGUACGAGCGCCAAACGGGAUCCAAGUGGGAGGUCACCAAGACACCGCUCGACGACAUCAGAGCAUUCGAGGCGAAGCUGUGGGGAGAGCGGGAUCCCCGCGCGACCUUGGUCACGUUGAGGCGCAUUUGGGUUGAGGGAGGCACAUUGUAUGCGGAGAAUGACAACGCUGUCCUUGGUGUGAAGCCCGAGGAUCUGGAUUCGCUCGAGGCUGCCGCCGAGCUGAACGCGCCCCAGGAUGCCCUUACGUGCCAGAAGAAGUCGGCCUCCACCCUCGACAGGCUGUUGUCACUCGGGCGCAAGACCGCCGCCGCCGACUGUAUACCCAUGACCCCCGCAUCGUUUGCCACCAUUUCGGCUAUGUUCACCGUUGGCGGGCUCAUCGGCGCCCUGGCGGCUGGGCCCUUCACGUCGCGCCGUGGUCGAAAACUCUCGUUGCAGGCCACGGCCGUCUUCUACCUCGCCGGCUCGGCCAUCGAGACCUUUGCCGCAUCGGUGUCGGCCAUGCUUGUCGCCCGCACCCUGACGGGCAUUGGCGCCGGCGCGAGCACCGUUAUUGUGCCGCUGUACAUCAGCGAGGUCGCCCCGCCGUCGAAGCGCGGCUUCUUUGGUGCCUUUACGCAGAUCAGCAUCAAUCUCGGUAUCCUCUUCACCCAAAUGUUGGGUUAUUUCAUGAGCCACGAGGGAGCCUGGCGGUGGAUCUUCGGCACGGGUGUCAUCAUCGCCCUUUUCCAAGGCCUUGGGCUGCUGAUUGUGCCGGAAAGCCCAUUCUGGACAGCCAACGUCAAAGGCGACGUUACCCAGGCGCGGCGCGCUCUGCAGCGCAUCCGCGGUAAGCACAGCAACAUCGAUGAGGAAGUUGAGGCCUGGGGAGCAGGGGAUGGCAAACCUCUCAGCGAGAGGGAGCGGCUGCUGGGCGGGCAGGACAGCGAUUCGGCCGAGGCUGGUGGUGGGCCACUGUCGCCUUCACUAUCUGCCUCCGGUUCCCGAACGCCAAAUGCGCAUCUGGGCUUCGUGCAGGUCGUCCGUGAUCCGCUCUACCGGCCAGCCAUCAUUGCUGUGGUGGGCGUCAUGUUCGCCCAGCAGCUCUGCGGCAUCAACUCGAUCGUUAUGUACUCGGUGUCUCUGCUCAAGGAUCUCCUUCCAAUCAGUUCGGGGGUGCUGACAAUCGUCAUCUCGGUCAUCAACCUCGGCAUCACCAUGGCUUCAUCGCCACUUCCGGACCGCCUCGGCCGCAAGACUUGUCUGCUGAUGUCCAUCGUCGGCCAAGGCUCGAGUUCAUUGGCGCUGGCGCUUUCCAUCAUGUUUGGCUGGAAGAUCCUGUCGGCAAUCGUUGUCCUCUUGUUUGUUGCUUUCUUUGCUCUUGGCCUCGGCCCCGUGCCGUUCAUUUUGGCCUCGGAGCUGGUCGGACCAGAGGCUGUUGGGGCCACGCAGUCUUGGGCACUCGCGGCUAGCUACAUCGCCACGUUCCUCGUCGCUUUCCUGUUUCCCAUCGUUAACGAGGCGCUGAACAGCGCCUUGGGAGGCGCUGGCUGGGUGUACUUCCUCUUUGCUGGGUUUGCUGUGCUGUGGGCGGCGUUUGUAACAAGGAGUGUGCCGGAAACUCGGGGCAAGAGGGAUGCUGACGAGGUAUGGGGUCGGGCAAGACGUACUGACUGA